UUCUAACAAACCAUCUAACGCCAAUAUCUGCCAGUCUCAAAUAGAUCGUUCGUUCAAUCAUAUAGCCUCCAUCAGACACAAUGUCUUACAUUAUCAAAAUCUGUCUUCUCUCUUUACUUUUAACAAUUUCUGUUGAAUUUUCAUAUUCAACAAUAAGACGACACCAAGUUACAACAACAACGACAACAGCAACACCAGAAUCAUCUAAUAAACAUUUAUGGAUAGAAAAUACAAUUCCAAAGCUUCCAAAUGACUGCAAGAAAUCCUUCCUUUGCAAGAAAAAAGUCAAGCAUGGUGAUGGUAUAAUUAAGCCCUGUAUAAAAUAUUGUGUUAAGGAUAUCGAAUGCCCGCCAAAUACUAUUGGCAAGCCGGAAACCAUUCAACCCGAUUGGUGUAUUCUACUUGACCAGAAUCUAUUAGAUGAAUUUGACAAACCGGAAACCACUUCAGCUGGACACCAUGUGAUGCCUGUUAACAUGAUUGAUUUUCCAUGUCAAGAAGGAUACUUGCCUGAUUUUCGAGGCAGAUGCCGCGAGGUAUGGUAAUCUGAUGAAUUCGAAUAUUCUGUUGCAGUGAAUUUAAGCAUGAAAAAUUAUUGUUCUUGUUGUUUAAUAAAAACAAAAAAUUAUGAAAACAAAAAAUAAA